AUGCCCGGCACAUCCCCAGUCAUCCUGAUCCUGGGAGCAGGACCAAAUAUCGGCCAGGCAGUGGCUCGGACCUUUGCAUCAAGGGGCUACAAGGUUGCGCUCGCUGCGCGAUCACUGGACGAGGCAGCUAGCACGGACAAUCAGUUGAACAUCACGAGUGACUUCGCCAACUCCGACGAUGUGGUCAAGGCAUUCAAAAGGGUCCAUACAGUGUUUGGGAUCCCAAGUGUUGUCGUUUAUAAUGUCUCCGCCUCCACGCUCACACCACCUCAGGACGCAUUCGCACUUCCGCUAGCCGCUUUCAAUCGAGAUUUGGCAAUCAAUGUCACGAGCGCCUUUGUCGCCGCGCAACAAGCUGCUCUGGGCUUUGCACAACUCCCUGAUUCUACUUCAAAGACGUUCAUCUACACUGGAAACAUCCUGAAUGUUGCCAUCAUCCCGUCAUUUCUCGACCAAGGCGUCGGAAAGUCCGCCGGCGCCCAUAUGAUGUGGGCUGCUUCAGCUGCGUACAAAGACCGUGGAUUCAAGUUUUAUUAUUGCGACGAACGCAAAGCGGACGGGACGGCCAAAUAUAAGGUUGAUGGUGAGGCGCAUGCACAACUCUACUGGAAGCUCACGGAGGACAAGACACAGGGGCCAUGGAUGCAGACAUUCGUCAAGGGCGUUGGAUAUACCAAGUUUGAGAACCAAUAUGGGUCUUCCAGCUAA